GUCUUCAUGCUAUGUACACUCCAUUUAGGAUAUGUAGAGAAAUAUUUCUUUUAAUACUAGAAAUUCUUGAUGAAGAGUUAUUAAACAUAAUGUUAAAAACUCAAAGGUUUCAUGUUUUUUUUAACCUCUGAGAAAACAUUAGCUCUCUCUCUCUCUCUCUCUCUCUCUCUCUCUCUCCUGGGUUUAAACUAAUAACAAUUUAAAUCUCUAGUAUGGAUUUGGAGCAAGGAAGUACAUCUUUCUAUGAUUGGAAGUGACACGACCAUGUGCUUUUCAAAUGUUUCAAAUUUUGCUAAUUCUAGGAGGGUGUCUUCUCUUUCCGAAUCGUCAAGAAGAGUGGACAUUGAUUUUUCAGAAAUUGAGGCGGAGAAGAAUUGCAGGAUUUGUCACUUGGGCUUGGAGAGUGAUAGUCAAGAGUUUGAAGCUUUCAUCACUUUGGGUUGUUCUUGCAAGGAUGAUUUAUCUAUUGCUCAUAAGAGUUGUGCAGAAACCUGGUUCCACAUUAAAGGGGACAGGACUUGUGAAAUUUGUCACUCUAUUGCACAAAAUGUUCAUGGAACAGAGGAGAUACCGCAACCUUCAAGUCCUACUGAAGCAUCAAGCCAUGCUCGUUCAGAAGAAGCUCAAAGAUUUUGUCAUGACCGUCACGUCUUCUUUUGUCUACUCGCCUUUUUAAUCUUUAUUUUUGUCAUUUCAGUGUUUUUUAACUUCAUUUGGCCUUCAUCAUAAUUUUUUAGGGCAUGUUUUAUUUUAGAAUUUGAAAAAAUUGAACUUUAAUU